UGGCCUCUCCCCUCCUUUCCUUUUCACAAAUUUCGACUUUUGUUUAGCCCCCACCCCCUCCUCUCUACGACCCCCUCCCCAAAUCCCCCUCCCCUUCCCUCCCCCUCCGCCCGACGAGUUCCGCGCCCCCCAUGGAGCGACGGCCCCCGGCGGAGCCCAAGCGGAGCGGGAAGGAGAAGCCCCGGAAGGACGCGGCGGCCAUGGACGACGACGGCGACGACGACGAGGAGGAGGUCGUGGCCGGGGAGGAGGAGGACAGGAAGAGGCGGCCCCCUCCUCCUUCCUCCGCGGCCCGGCGAGGAUCGGGUGGCGGGGGAACUUCGCAGCCGUGCUGCCAGGCGGAGAAGUGCACUGCCGAUCUGACCGAGGCAAAGCGGUACCACCGGCGUCACAAGGUGUGUGAGGCCCACUCCAAAGCCUCCAUCGUCAUCGUCGCCGGCCUCCGCCAAAGGUUCUGCCAGCAAUGCAGCAGGUUCCAUGAGCUAUCAGAGUUUGAUGACUCUAAGAGGAGCUGCCGUAGACGUCUGGCCGGCCACAAUGAGCGGCGGAGAAAGAGUUCUUCUGAAUCACAGGGCGAGGGCUCAAGCCAAUGCAGGCAGGCCGAUCCAGAGGAGAGGAUUCAGAGCCUCCCUGGAAAUCCCACCUGCAAGCAUUUCCAGAUCAGAUAAGCUCUUGACUAUUCCCAUUCAAGCAUGCUCUCUCUCUUCUGUCAUCCAAUGGCUUCCUUCUGUCCUAACUAAUGCCAGAUUUCUCUACCAAUUAAUGUAGCAGAAAUGUUUUUGAGCAGUACUUCAAGCUUAGUAGCAUCACUGUAGCCAUGCUGUGGUUGUACUUUAGUAAUUGUAAUUACAUAUGCGGUUAAUCUCCUUAAGGGGUGUGUGUGUGUUGUUUUUUAUUUUUUUUUUCACUUUCAAAUGAAUGGUGAACACCUGUGGCUUUAUUUUAUUUUCUGGUCAAGAUGUUGUCUAUUCUGUACCAUACUUAACAGCCAUGCAUCAUAUAUGUACUUUAUGUUGGGAUCCUGGAUGGAUCUCAACCGACCAUGUUAAAAGCCUCAGUAUGCUUGUAAAUUUGUAAUGGACUGUAGUAUCUAUUUGACAGGUGUGGGCAUCAGAGUAUGCAAUUUGAUUUUCUGCUUCACACUUAGAAAUGUAAUAAUUUGAGUAGCCUAAACUUGAAGAGAGAUUGCCACUGCCAUGGCUCAUACUUCGUCCUGUCCUCUUUUUCACUUGCAAUCUGUGUAGCGUUCGUCAAGACAUAUACCCUCAAGUAUCCGCUUUAUGCUAGUUUAGAAUCAUAUGCCAUCCAAGACAUAUCUUUCUCAUAUUGUGGAAGUUAUCUAAGGGUUUGUUUUCACAUAAUCCAGGUUCAGAGCAUGUAAAUAGGGCGAGACAUGUGAUGCUGACCUAAUUCUGUGGUUUGGUGAGGCACAUAUAAGCCAAAAAGCAAGUGCCUAGGUUUACAGUAUACAGGGGUCCUAUGACUUGAUUGAUUAUGGUUUCGCUAUUCAUUCUCUUUCAAUUUUGUUGUCACAUUUUUUUUUAAAAUUCUUUAAUGACAUGUACAGAUGACUAAAACUACUACCAAAUAUAUUGAAUUAAGCUUGUUAUUUUUGCA